AUGAUGGAGAAAAUAAAUAAAUUUCCCCAUUUCAUUAAAAUUUUUUCAUUUUCCCUUUUAAUAUGGAUGUGCCUGUAUUCCUAUGAGAAAAAUACCUUUGACAAAUUAUUUAUUAAGAAAAUAUACCGAAGUAAUAUAUCACACAAAAAAGUAAUCAGAAUUUUACUCGGAUCUGCAGUUCUAACCUCCCCGAAUUUAAAAUUAUCUUUGAAAGAUACAGAUAAAUACACAGAUCAUAAACAACCUAAUUCAUUAAAAAGUCAUAACCAAUAUGGAAAAGAACAUAAGAAAUUAAAGGAAGGGUCUUAUCAAAAUAGAAAAAAUUUAUCAGCAGAAAAAAAUAAUCAAUCAUUUUUAUGUAAAUAUAUAAAACAAUUAGAUGAAGACUAUGAAAAAGAAGUACGAAGACUACCAUUUAUUAAAAAAAAACUGCAAACAACAUUAGGAGGUACAUCUAAUUCAGUAAUGAAAUCUAUGCUUAUUGCUAUGAUUCCGUUUUUAGCAAGAUAUAUGAUCACAUUUAACCCCUUACCUUUAUUUAUAAAACUAGCUUAUAUUGUGAUGCCACCAUUAUUUUUUUUUCAUUUGAUUGUUUCUUCGUACUCCAUAUCGAAAAAAAUCGAUAAAAUAAACAGUGAAGAUUUAAAAACAGGGUCAAAUUUAAGCACAAACGCAAGGAAAAAUUCAGAGACAAACACAAAACCAAAUUCAGGACCAAACGCAACAACAAAUUUAGGGAAAAAUAAAAAUCCAAAUUUAGGAAAAAAUAGAAAACCUAAUUUAGGAACAAAUAGAAAACCAAAUUUAGGGACAAAUAGAAAUCCAAAUUUAGGAACAAACGCAAGGAAAAAUUUAGAACAAAACAAAAAGUAA